AUGCUUCGGCCGAGAUCGGUACUUUUAUGCUCCUCGCUGCAACGUGUGGCGGGUGCUAUCGAACUUUCAAAGGAUUAUCAGAGCAUUGAGGCCAGGUCUUGUGAAUCAGCAGAGGCAGAAGAAAAGAGGAAGGAAUAUGAAAGAUUUCCCCUGCGCUAUCAACUAUUAGAGUGCAAACCAGGUGUUCCAUUGGCGCUCAUGAAACUGAAAUAUCUCCUAGCCUGUCGAAGGACCCACCCUGAUGCAGGUGGUGAUGCGGAGGACUUUUUAAGAGUUUGCCUCGCAUAUCAGGAUGUCAUGAAGGAUUACGGGGUGGAGACUAUUGAGAACAAGAUUGUGAACCUGGGCAACUUUCAGGUGGAUCGACACGAGGCGCGUAAUUAUCUGGAGGGCCGAGCCCAGAUAAAGGGUUUCAUACCCGUAUCUACUUUGGAGGAUUACAUCAGUAAGUUGGAGGAGGUUAAGGCACGCAUUGGCGAUGAUUUGGCUGAACGCCUUGCCACCAAUGAUGACGAAGCUCUCCUGCUACUAGAGGAUAUCGAAGAGAUUAUGGAAGCGAACGGCCUGCGAACUGUCCGGCUGGAAGUGUUGGAGAGUGGUGAUGUAAGGGUGUUAGAGAAACCAACACUUACAGACGGCACAGAGCGGCCUUUGCUCAUUGGGGAUCUUGACAACCUUAACAGAGGGACACUUGAAGUGGAUCGACCCUUCGGCCCCCCCUCUGGUGUUAGUGAGGAUGGGGGUGUGCAUUUCGUUAGGGAGAAUGAAAGUCACGAUGAGCAAGGACUUGAUGCAGCUGAGGGCCAACGGGCACUCAGGACAGCGGAGAUCACUGCUGAAGACAUUGAAGUGCUGACGGCGAAGCAUACGGUUCAAGACCGAACUGAUGUGGCCGGACUUGCGUCCCGCACGGCUACAGAGGUGAUGAACAACACGGAAGAAGUGUAUAAAAUACGGCUUGAGUCGAGCGUCCUCUACGUUUUUGUAAUCUCUGUUUUUGUUCUUCUAUACGUCUAUGUCGAGGGACUCAUGCGGGCGAAGGUUCAGGAGAAAAAGCGUCCGCAAGUAAUGAGUCAUGUGACAACGGACACGAUGCUCCCGUGGUGGGGAAACGAUGCAGAGUACGAGAGUCAAGUGAAGCGCAUUUUUGUGGAGGAAUGGCGUCGCGCCCGUGCGAGUUCGCGUCGUGUGCAGACCUUCCAGGACGGUGUGAGCCGCGAGUCAUUGGAUGAGAACACCAAGAAAGAGCUGGAUCUUGGCAUAUUUACUGUGACGGCUGAGCGGCUGCGUGAGAUGAGAGAGCGUGCGGAAAAACACACUGGGCUUCGGUAG